CAGGAGGGUUUGUUUAGCCCCAGCAGCUAUAGCAACGAGCCCUGCUGCAGCUCUGCUCGCCCCAUCGCCCGCAUGCCUGCCCGAGCCAUGGAGGUGGGGGCAGCAGGGGACCCCCGUGGGAUCUGGGGGUACACCCCAGCAGGGACCUACCUCAUCCCACACGAGAUCAAACCUGAGCAAUCUCCUUAUCGGGCUGUGCCGGUGCCUCAGCAGCCAGUGGUGAUUCUCCAGCAGCUUCCCGGGAGCCCUGCUGCCCUGAUCCCUGCCGCUGGACCCCCACAUGUCCGAGAAGAUUUAAUCGAGUUGAUGAUGAUUCAAAACUCCCAAAUGCACCAGGUGAUGAUGAACAGCCUGGCUGUGUCAGCACUGACGUCCUUCGGGUUCGGGCCAUCGCCAGCGGCUGCGCAGACGACGGCAAUGCCUUUGCAGACCGGAGAGGAAGAGGAGACUGUGGUUUUCCAUCAUCACUACAUCCCCUACCCUGGUCCUGCUCCCAUCCUAAUGUGGCCGGUCCCAGUGCAGGAUCAGGGGCCGGUGGCCGUGCGGCACCUGGGCACAGGCUCAUUAGCUAUGGAUGAGGAGGUCAGGGCAGUGCCCCCACCCCCCCCACCCAGCGCCACGGGGACUGUGGGAGCCAACAUCCUGCCGGCAUCGGAGUACUACGAUGCAGUGAAGCGGGGGCUGUGAGCUCCACGCUUCCCAAGAUUCUUGCUCCUGUGUGUCCCAGCCAUUGACCCCAGAAGAUCCUGCAGGUCCUGAGCGUGGGUGCUCCAUGAUACCCAUAGUUUUGGAGCGGCACGGAAGACCCCUGUCUACUCUCUUUACUGCAGUAUUUUCUUUAUAGCAGGGAAUGAGCAGAAAGAGGGGAGAAGAGAGAGAGAAGAAGGGAGAAAGGGCUUUAUGGGUGAGAAAUGAUAGAUCUUAGCUGUCUGCUAACACAGAAACACACAGAGUUGAUGAGUUUCCAGGCAAAGCAGCUGAACGGAGGAGAUAGAAUGGUGGUUCACUGCAGGGGUUACUUGAAACAGGUUUUGUUUGUAAUCUUGUUCCUCAGCUUGUGUCUGUAGAAGCUCUCCACAGCUGUGUAUUCCGACAUCCGUGUGUGUGAUGUCAGGGUUAACUGUCUGCUCGGAAGAGCGAUGCUAAAACCAAGAAGAAUUAAACUGACUGUGUGAUCGUAUGUGAAAAUCAAUCUGCAUUUCUGAAAAGCCAAUUGACAAGUUUCUUAUCGCUCCAGUAAAUCUGCAGGUGUUUGCUUUCAGGGUGCGAGCAGGUUGACAUGGAAAAGGAAAGCUUUCUUCAACCCCUGACCUGAGUCAAAUAACAAAGUGGGUCCCGGAGCAGUGUUUUCCCCCCAGGAUGGAGACCUGGCUCGCUACCAGGUUCACCCAAGUCAUUUUGCCAAACACAAAGGAUGCAAACAACACGAUACAGGGAAGUGUCUGCCUUCCCUAAAGGCCUUUGGCCCCACCGGCUCAUGGCGAUGUGUGCGUACGUGGGUUUGGGUCUCUGAGGAGCCUUUCAAGGAGCACAGUCUGUACUCGCCAUCCUCCUCCCGAUCUCGCUGCA